CGGGAUAUGUCCGGACGGCUUAUGCAUGGAAGGCUGGAAGCCGAAUACUUGUCACGAAGUUUGUGAUAAUAAUAUGUUCGGCCCUGGGUGUAACUCGACAUGUGGUAAAUGCUACAACAGUACUUGUGAUCCCGAGAUUGGCCUCUGUCCUGGACCAUGUGAACCGGGCUGGAAAGGCCCAAUGUGCAUGUCAUCCUGCGAUGAUGGUAUGUUUGGUGUGAACUGCAUGGGAAGUUGCCACUGCCUUACGAACGGAACAUGUGAUCCGGCCACCGGAUAUUGUCCUAACGGUGACUGUGACAAAGGAUGGAUGGGGCCAAUGUGUAGUGAACCGUGUCCAUGGAAUCAGUUUUCGUACAACUGCAAUGAAACCUGUCACUGUGUUAACAAUGAGAGUUGUCCGUUUGAGUACUGUAAUAACGGCUGUGAACCUGGAUGGCAAACUUUGUUCUGCAAUAAAGAGUGUGAUACGUACAAGUACGGACCCGGCUGUUUAUCCACGUGUGGUCACUGCAAGGACAAUGUGACGUGUAACCACGUGGACGGAGUGUGUCCUAACGGCUGUGAACCCGGUUACCUAAUCGAUAAAUGUGACACAGGUAAGUUAUAUUAUAUACAUUUUAUAAAAAUUCAAUGUUCAUUCAGAACUUUUGGUGAAAACUGUUCUCAAAAUUGUUUCUGUGAGACUGAUAACUGUGAUCACGUGACCGGCAUAUGUGACGUGGAUCUGUGUCAAAAAGGCUAUAUGGGACCAACGUGUAGUGACGUUUGUCCUCCUGGUCAGUUUGGUAACAACUGCCUGAUGACGUGUCAUUGCCUGAUUGGCGGUUGUCUCCCUACGGACGGCAUGUGUAUCGAGAACGCCGGGUGUGAACCAGGAUGGCAGGGCCUCUCGUGCAGUGAAGAAUGUGAUCCAUCAACUUUUGGAGAUGGUUGCACACAGCAGUGUGGGUAUUGUCUGAUGGGGGCAGCAUGUGACCAUAUAACCGGUCGUUGUCCGGGAGACUGUGAGGAUGGCUUUCAACAGCCUCUGUGCAAGCAAGCAUGUGGUGGCAACACCUACGGAACGAACUGCGCUCAAGUCUGUGGAGCCUGUAGGGGUUCAAUACCAUGUGAACACGCGUCGGGAGUCUGUCCGGAUUCUUGUGAGCCUGGUUGGACUGGACUGUUGUGCAAAACAGAAUGUAACCCUGGAUAUUAUGGACAAGAUUGCAACCAAAUAUGUAACUGCAGAAAUAAUACGGCUUGCGACCCAGUCGUAGGUACUUGCCCGAACGGCGAGUGUGACUACGGAUGGACUGGCCUCACGUGCGGCGAUCGCUGUCUCCUAGGUACUUACUCAUACAACUGUCAGAAGACAUGCAAUUGUCUGGUGGGAUUUUGUGAUCCUGCGGAUCCGGAAGGUAUAUGUCCUGUUCAAGGAUGUUUACCAGGCUGGACGGGACGUGCUUGUAAUGAAGUUUGUCGUAAUGGAACCUACGGCCCCUCGUGCACGUGGACAUGUGGCGCCUGUUUCGGGGAGGAACCAUGUGACCACAAAUCUGGUGUGUGUCCAACCGGAUGUUCCCCGGGAUACACCGGACUAGCUUGCAUCUCAACGUGUGAUAACUGGUGGCACGGACAGGAUUGCACAUUGAGGUGUGGCUACUGCUAUAGAGACGCCAUAUGUAAUCCCGUUACCGGGGUAUGUCCGAAUGGAUUGUGCAGCACGGGAUGGGGUGGAGCCACAUGUACAACACCAUGCCCUUCCACAAGGUUUGGUGAGGGAUGUCUUUCCCUGUGCUCAGAGAACUGUGUGAAUCAGGAAUGUGACCGAUACAACUCCUCCUGUACUUCCGGUUGUAUACCUGGAUACCAGGGACACGCAUGCACCGAGCCGAUACCGAUAGGAUCAGUUGAUGAUUAUUGGAGAGAACACACAAAGCUCGUUCUCUACAUCAUAGCGGGGAUUCUUUUCUUGAUGGCUUUUCUUGUGAUCCUGUGUUGUCUCAGAAGACGUACACUGAAGGAACGAAAAACGGACCCGGUGGAGAUCGACAUUGAGGAAUACGCUGUUAAAGCUGGAGGAACCAUUCCGUAUCAAGAUAUAACUGCCGAAGCUAAUGGCGACCAAGAAAACGAAAACAUAGCAGAAACGCCUCUGGAUGACGUACCGACAGACGACCAAGCUGCACUUGUUGACAAUCAACUCGAUUCGGUGGACACUACACCAGAGGUAGUGGCUCCACCACCAACAGAAAUAAUAGUCGAGAAAGAGGAGAGGGAUGCAGAUACCAACGGCGAAGAAACUGAGGACGAUAAUGAUGAAAACUAUCCCGAUGGUGAUGUCGGAAAGACAGAUGUAAACGAUUCUGGUAUAGGAGUUGCAACGGCAGCACUGAUCCCAACACCGGCGACAACAGCUGCAACUAAAGGGGGUUCCGAUCCUCCAAUUACAAUGACUCAUGGGUUUGCGUUACCAGAAAUUGUUGGAACAAGGAUUUUAUUGUCAGGAUUUGUAACUGCCGUUAAAAACAGGAAGGAGUUAGGGAAUUUGGCAAAUGAAUUUAAGAAUUUACCUGAAGGUCCUCAGCGUCCAGUCACAGAAGGCAAAAAGUCGGAAAAUAAGGAGAAGAAUAGAUUCAGAAACAUUCUUCCAUAUGACCAUUCGAGGGUUGUACUGGAGAAAAGCACCGGCGGAAGUGAUUAUAUAAACGCCACCUAUAUUGAUGGAAUGGACAGUGAACGACAGUACAUUGCUACGCAAGGGCCAAAGGACGACACAGUGGCUGCCUUCUGGCAGAUGAUAUGGGAAAACAACAGUGGGAAAGUGAUCAUGUUGGCUAAUCUGACAGAAUUGGGCAGGCCGAAAUGUCACCAGUACUGGCCUAGUGUGUCUGAAACCACCCAAUUCGGAACGUACGUAGUUACUACGGUGUCCGAAAAGGAGAGCAGUUGUUUUACUACUCGUGAGAUACAGUUACAGCGUGCUCAGGAUAAGACCACGACUAGAACGAUACACCAGUUACACUUCACGACCUGGCCAGAUCACGAUGUCCCCACUGUCGAGCAGCUGCUCAGUUUCCAUAGCAGUUCCACAAACAUUCAGACGCCGCUACAGGGACCGGAAGUAGUUCAUUGCAGCGCCGGGGUAGGUAGGACUGGUACCUAUAUCGGCCUGGACGCGUUAACGAAACACGGACGGUAUGCUGCCUCUCUAGAUGUAUACGAGUAUACACUCAAGAUGCGAAAAGACCGAAUGAACAUGAUACAGACAGUGCACCAGUACAUCUGUCUACAUGAAGCGUUGGCGGAGGGGCUGCCGAAUGCAACGAGUUAAUUCUAGCUUUCCUCACACAUUUAAUUAUUUUACCAUCACACAAUCGUGUUAUUAGAUUUUACAAAAACAAAGCCAAUCGUCAAUUACAAAUCGGACUAUGACACAGUCAAGUCUCGAUAAUUUAGCCACCACUGAUUCCAGUCAGUGUUUUAUGGGACACAAGUUCGUUUUUUUUCCUAUUAUAUGAUGUCCAUGUAAUGCAAUAGUCAUAAGAUGACCGAAGCUCGACUGGAUAUACCGAAAGAACGAUCAACCAUUCAAUCGUUAGAAUUUCAGUCUAUUGGAAAAUUCCACUAGCCACUUUACUGUAUAGGUCGUCACAGAUCAUUACGGAUCAAUCAUCAAAAAUAGUGUACAUAGGUUUUUAUGAAGAAUUCAGUAUACUGAUGUAUUCACGAAAGUUAAGUAAAUUGCGGUUAAGGGUCGCUGCCCAAUUGCAGCUGAAACACUAGAUAAUUCCUAUAAGCUUUUCAUUAAUUUCAUUUAGACUAUAAAUGUAGCGUGACUGGGCCUGGUCCUACCAUUGACAAGGUAGUUCAAUCAGUAAGAGCGAUUGUCUAAUGAUCGGAGGUUCAGGGUUCGAACCCCUAGUCUG